AUGGAUCUAAGGUUCAAUGGAUCUCUGGGACAAAGUAAAAUGGAUCUAAGGUACAGUGGAUCUCUGGGACAAAGUACAAUGGAUCUAAGGUUCAAUGGAUCUCUGGGACAAGCGGCACCUUUGGAUUGGAUAGAUGGUUUUAACCAGAGGAAGAUGGGAGACGACCUGGGCGAAGAGUGGUGGUUGCACGAGGGUAACUCAGAUGAGCCUGAGGUAGAGGAGGAGAAACAGGAGGAGAAAGAGAAAACAGAGGUACUGCCAACACAGACAAAAACAGAAAAGAAGAAGAAGCGGAAGAGUGUGACAGAAAAUCAGAGCAAAGUGAAGAAGAAAAAGACUGAACAGAAAGAGUGCUUUGUUCCUCAGGAGAAUAAAGGAGAUGGGGAGGACAAGCCAACAAAACCCAAAAAGAGGAGAAAGAAGAAAAAGAAGACAAUCACAGACGUCUUGGCAGCUUCUGAGCCAAAGCUCGGCUGUCCAGCAGACCUGCAAAACAUGAUCCUGCAAUAUUUCUCUGACAAACGUUCUGUCAUUGAGAUGGAGGAGCUCAAAAUCCAGGAUUCCUGUUUUCUGGCCUGUAAUGACUUGACGCACAGCCUCUCCUCCUAUCUGAAGGAAAUUUGUCCAAAGUGGGCCAAGGUUCAAAAGCAGCAUACAGAGAAGAGCUCUGUCCCGCUGCUAAUCGUCUGCAGCUCCGCACUUCGAGUUAUCGAACUCAUCAAGCAGCUGACCACCUUCAAGGGUGAAGCCAAAGUGCUGAAGCUGUUCGCGAAGCAUAUCAAGGUAGAGGAACAGGUGAAGCUGCUGCAGAAGGGCGUCUCUCACAUCGGUGUGGGGACACCUGGACGACUCUGUGCGCUCAUCGACAAUGAGGGUUUGAAUUUACUGGCGUUGCGUUACCUGGUUCUGGACUGGAACUGGAGGGAUCAGAAGCUCCGUCGGAUGGUGGACAUUCCCGAGAUCAAACUGGACUUACUGAAGCUACUGGAUGCUGGUGUCCUGACCGGCUGCCGAGAAGGCAAAGUCAAAGUUGGCCUUUUCUAAGUCUGCAAACCUCGCUGACGGUGAUUUUCCACAGUCACUCUGUAUUGAAGGCGUCAUAAUGAUCCAUUCUUCAUAAACUGCCGAAACCGUUGACCCACAUGCACCGCCCCAUAUGUUCUCCUUUUGUCUCCGUGUGAAAUUUGUGUUGUGCUUUUUUUUGCUAUUUUCAGAGAUCGUGUCGACUGUGUGAUGUUGUUUCCUCACUCUUGUUGUCUGACAUGGUGUCCCAGUGUGAUGGAUUGAAUAAACGGAC